AUGACCGCGUGGUUUUUGAGUGUGGCGUGUUGCCUGCUGGCGUCCCGCGUGUCGGCCGCGCCCGCCUCCGCGUUUGCCACCGCUAGCUCCAACGACGAAGUGCUAUCUCAGUCCACCCUGCUCCACACCGCGGAUCAUGACGUCACGAGUCUCGGGGUGCUUUUCGGAGAAGGUGAAGAAGUUGUGUUCUUUAUAGAAUCAGACGUUAAAGAACGAGGAGAGAGAGUUGACUACGGCCUAUACGCGUUGACUAAAGACCCCAAAUCUAAACGUAUGGUCUCAACUAAACUCUUGGACAGCGCCCGAGACAUCGCUGUAGCUUCUUUAACCAAUGCUGCGUAUUUCGCCGCCAAAGACGGAAUAUACGUUUACGAUAAAAAGAAAAACUCAGCGGAAAAAUACGGGUCGGUCAGUGACGAUGUGAUCUCGAUCGCGGCCGAAAACGGUACCGGAGUGCUGUACUACGUGAACAAGCAGCAUCAACUCUAUAAGGUUAGCGAGGGACAGAAGCCUACAAUCAUUGAUGCGGUCAAGAACGCCGAGCAGUUCACGCUUGACAAAAAGGGUCACCUGUACUUUUAUACGACCGACAAAAAGUUCUACGUGUACGACGGACAGAGCGUGAAACCAGUUGAAGGCAUCCCUAGCAAUUUGAACAAAGUGUGGUUCGUGAGGACCCCGCUGUUUGUGGAAGACUAUUGUUUAGUGAACGGGGAAGAUGAGUAUUACCAGAUAUGGGGGAACGCGACCGCGGUGGGCGCGGGCAGCAGCCGCGGGUCGUUCGCCGUCAGCGCCCUGUCGGUCGACACCGGUUUCUUAGCGUACUUCGCGACCGACAGGAAGAUCUACGAGUUCAACGUCUUAGCGAAAGUUGUAGCAGGCAUCAUGGAUGAACUGUCCAAAGGUUUAAAACCAAUGCUGGAGAAUAUCCGGCCAUCGUUUUCAGGCGACAUUAACACAUUCGCCCCAAUGCCUGCUGAGACCGGUUCACGGGUAUCUAUUGAUGUACCCGUGAAUGGGAGCCAGCAGGCGUUCUGCGCUGUUGGCUUCGGCCCCACGCACGCCUCGCCUCCCAAAGAUCCGGGACCCCAUGGUCCUGAGAUAUGGUAA